GACGAUCGCGGGGGUGCGAUAUGCGUCACUGCAAAUGGUCGGGUUCUUCGUCUCAGAAGUGAAGUCGUUCGGUCUGCCACGGCUGUUCGCCUCUUGCUUUUUUGACAAUUUGGAUUUGGACGUCUUUGGUUCCGUCUUCACGACGGGAACCAGAUUCAUUCCUGUGGCAUGAAGAGAAGCUAGUAUUGAUUCGGGGAAGUAAGUAGUUGUAAACGUCGUAAGCUCGUGAGUUGAGGAUGUGAGACGAGAGAAGAUGAAGGUUUCGAAAGUAAUAUAACAAACGCGAUCCUCACAACUGACACUGAGUAAACGUGUACAGCACACGACCAGUCGCACUGAUGUCUACAAGUGGUCCUUAAUGUAUCACUACAUCCGAAGUAGAAUUUUUUUAAACGUUUUAUUGAAAUUUUUGUUGGACGACCACAAUCUUCGUCGCGCCUGUUAUGUGCUGCAAGCGCCUUCUUUAUAGUUUUAUCCAACGCGAAGCGGAGUAGAUUUAUUCGACAACUUUUGCUUCAGGCGACACGAGCUAGCACGACGGAAUGCAAGACUCACCUGUAUCACUUUUUCCUAGUUCUGCUUAGUCACUUUCCUAAUCGACGAUAAGAGAACUUGUCCUCGCAAUAAGGUCUUCGCAAUAGGUAGGAGGCCGACGAGGUUGUAGCUCAUGUGCAAGCUGCCAUAGUGCAGAAUGACAAUCGUCAAGAUGAAGUGUCUUUGAUUUGUUUUCAAAUAUCAUUGCAGUGCCACCUGCUGUGUAGCAAGUCGCAAUAGAAGAGUAUCAGAAGCAGAAAAUUUAAAUUUUCAUCAAAAUGGGCGACCCAUCCGGGCAGGCGGACGGCAACGCCGAGAAGGAGACGUGGAUUCUUGGUUACAUCAAGGAUCUCAUGGACGUGUCCCUUGAUGCGAAGAAUUUUACGGCGAAGGAGCGACGCGAGAUGGCUGAGGACGCCUGGGAGGACGAGUUUGGCACUGUGAAAAUAAACCAGAGCGUUCUAGAGAAGGAUCAGAACAAAAAUGGCGAAAAAAAUAAGACGUCGAGAACCUCCUCCGGGAACAAGGAAACGCUUCUCGUCCCUCUCUCUUCGGAUGAUGAGGGAUUUCUUCCAAACGAGAUGAUGAAAAGUGGCAAAAGAACUCUGUCGGAAAGAGGAGCCACGUCAUCAAAGAAGCAGGUAACCUACCGGCACCUUGAGAAGCUAGACGCGAAGAUGAAGGCGAAAGAAGCUUCUGCGAAAGGGCCCGGUAAAAUAAACAGGAGGCAGGACCACGCGGACCUGAACGACUCGAUGCUAUGGGAUCACCAGCAUGAGGGGGCGGGUGACUUCCUCUCCUCCUCGGUAGAAGACGACAUUUUAGAUCCGUUUUCGCUCGACGACGCGUUUUACUUUCCCACAGGUGCAGCAGCUUCAUCUGGUGCUGCCGGUGCGGCUGCUGCGUCCUCCUCGUCCGUAGCAGGUCCAACAUCUUCUGCGAAGGGAAAUAAAAGUGCUAAUGGUCGUGAAAACGGCGCGUCUGGAGCUGCGGCGGAAAUUUUUGAUGUAGACGACAUGCUGGACGAGGACGACGAUGCGAACGAGCAUCCGAACGAGUACUACCUGCUAUCAAAUGCAAAAAUGUCUGGGUCUGGAAGAAUGCAACUUGUGAUGCUGCAUUUGGAUUCCAGAAAAAUCUGUAUUGUAUGAGUACCAAAAGGAAUGUAGUCUUUGCUACGCGGUGACGGCAUCUGUCAUGCGGAAUAUGCAUCCAGUUCCAGAAGCUCUCAAAAAGUCUGUGGUGCUAGGGCAUGCAUCACAGACAUCAGGGCUCAUGCAAAACGUGCAUGACAAGUGUCAGAAUCUUCCAGACCCAGACAUUUUUACAGUUGAUACCUGCGCACGCUGUACAAGAGCGAGAUCGAGAGCGGGCGAAUCUGGGAGAUUUUAAGUGACUCCGAGGAAGAAGAAGGGACUACCUCGAUGUCGACCAAGAUGACGAAAAAGCGAAAGAUAGAAGAGGAGGAAACACCUACCGACUUGAACAAGAACACCACAAAAGCAGGCGGAACAAGGACUUAUCCUAUGUAAAAACGUCCCCACACCAUAGUCAAGAUGGGAAGUCUGCAACACAAAUCCCCAAGUUUUGGGGGUUCUGCAUGACAAGUUUCCAUCUGCAGUGUAGUACUGGCUGGCAAGGAAAGCCGCAUGACAAAGCCAUUUUCUCGUCCUGUUUACAGCAUUACAAAUUUCAAAACACGACUGGAAAUGCCUCUCAUGGAAGGGCGCAUUACAAAUCUUCCUGUCAUUGCACAUUUGCAUGACAACUCUGGGGUGGGGACGUUUUUACACAGGAUAGGACUGGUAGUGUGUUCGCGCGCGUGGCGGCGGAGGAGGAGGAGGAGCGGCAGAAGCUGGCGGCCUUGGGGAAGAAGGCACCAAAAAGGAAGAACAACAAGAAGAAGGCCGCGAACCCGACGUGGUUGUGGCAGGAGGCGGACGUGGCCACAGGGUACGACCACUUUGGCAUAUUAAAUGCAAAAAUGUCUGGGUCUGGAAGAUUGCGAGACUUGUCAUGCUUGUCUGGCAGGACCAAAAAGUUUGUGAUGCGUGUCCAAGAAGAGACUCUUUUGCCUGUCAUGCAAAAACGCAGUUUGUCACGCGAAAAACGCAAGCGCAACACAAAGAAGCGCAGACAUUUCUCAUGCUUGGCUGUGCAUUACAGAGCAUUCAUUAUUCCCAACGCAGCAUUACAAGUUUCCAGACCCAGACAUUUUUGUAAUCCAUAUGGCAACCAGGAAGACUACGGUGUGACCGAGAAGAUCGCGAUGGACUUGGAUGACACGGCUGUGGAGUCGUUCAAACUGGAGAACUUCAAUGCAGUCGAGGUCGCAGAGAAGGAAACUGCCAAACCGAUGACAAGCGGAAAUAAACUAGUAUCGAACAAGAGCAAGAAGCAGGGAGGACCACCAGCUGCUGGCGCGGCAAGCCGAAAGGACUCAUCGGGUGCUAAUUUCGCAGGAUCAACAACUACGAGCCGGCACCUGCGAGCGGGCAGUGAGGAUCUCGACGCGGGAAAGCGGCAGGCGUUUGUGCAGUACUGCCUGGGUCGUUCUUGCGCGGCGAGCAGCAGUUCUGGUGUCAUCUCUACUGUGCAGCAAAGCUCGGCGUCUGCGUCGUCGUCAGGAACUACGAGAGGUAAGAAGAAAGCACAAGGACAUCAAGCAGAAGCAAGUCACCAAUUAUCACAAAAUACAACAACCUCCACACCCGGAAACUCCCUCUACGAGCCGUUGCCGCUGACGUACCUCGCGGGAAAAUCGACGGCGCUGCAGAAUUUCACCGAGGUUCCGCCAGAAUCUUUGCAGGCGUAUCUGGAAAGCAGCAGCUGCUGCAACGGGUCGCUGGAUGUGGACGUGGAGAAAGUUCUGAAGCCGUACGAGGCGGACGCGAAUCUGCAGAACCAGGUCGCACGGGUUCUGUUGGGGGACUUUCGCGAAGACUGCAUGUGGGAUUUUUCAUCGGGCAGUUCAAGUUCUUCUACUUCUGGGAGUUCUGCUACUGCAGGAGAUUUUAGCGCCGGGGUCGUGAACAAGAAGGGCAAGGCAGCCAGUUCUUCUUCCUCUUCCUCCUCAGCGCUGAACAAUCUGAACACAACAACCCAUGAUACAUCAAACGACGGCAUAAACUCCACAAACCAGCAAAUAAACCAUGUGCCGGUGAUAUGCAUUGCAAAUAUGUCUGGGUCUGGAAGAUUGCAACUUGUGAUGCAAAUUUCAGACAACACAAAGAUCUGUCAUGCAUAAACAGCAAAUGCGGCCCAGAAAUUGGCACCAAAAUAGGAGAUUUGUCAUGCGGAUUAGGCAUGAGGACACCUUCUCAAGACUUGUGAUGCUACGGCUUGCAUGACAGACCUCCUUGGUAAUGCAAGAGCAGCAUGACAAACAUGCGCACUCAUCCAGACCCAGACAUUUUUACAGUUGAUAGGUGACCGGUUUUUCGCCCCACGUGCUGUUCAAGGGCAUCUUAUUGUGAGGAAAAAUCCCCCCUCCCCAUAUCGAAAAGGUACGUCGCAGAAAAUUUGCAUUGCUGAUUUGCGGCCACAAAUCACCUCUGUCUUGCAAGAAGGCAACGCCACAGGCUCCGCCGCAUUUAUUAUGCAGGCGGUUUGUGAUGCUGCUGGGCCUACAGCGCGGACGUUUCUCAUGCUGAGAGCCUAGGCCGAAACCUCUCUGCUCAGGCUCGGCAUGGGCCGGCAGUCCUAUCCAGCAAGACAAAUCCGAUUUGUGUACGCAAAUCCCGCAUCACAAACUUCGUUUUGAUGUGGGGAGGGGGGAUCUUUCAUUUUGAUACAUCUGUGAGGGUUUCUACGGGGGGUUCGAGCCGUGUAUGCAGUGCAAAAGCAUCGUAAGAAGUACUACAAAUUGCAUCUUGUUCACAAUGAAAUUUUUCAAGUAGAAGAAAAGUGGAAUUUGGAUUUGCAAUGUUUUUUACCUUAGGAGGGAGAUCGAGAUUUGUCAUGUUUGAGUGCAAUUUUUAGCUACAACAAGCGCGAUGGUUUUUCAAUGCAUACCGUGGCUGAAGGAGCAAAAUUGUGUUCUACCCCGCGUGGCCUGGCGUGUCGUGAAGAACAAGCCGCUGAAGGAAUUCGCCAGUGGCUACGGAGUUCUGAACAACAGAAGUAGCAGUGCAAGUUUCACAGGUGCGGGGCAGCUGCAAGGAGGUUUACUGCCUCGGGGACACCACCAGGUCAACACCAGCUAUACGCGCUUACUCGACGCAGAUCCGGUCACGAAAAAGGCCGGGGCGACGGGGACCGGGAGCAAGAUCACGAUUCUGGACCCUUGUCGGGAUGACAAGGUGCUCGUCGAAGCGUCCUCUCCUCUGGACGCCGCCCCCGGUGUAGUAAACCCCUCCGCAGGAGGAUCCCCGUCGGACUCCGUCUUUGGCGAGCAGUCGGAACUAGUUUCAUCACGGGCAAAUAAUCUUCACCAGCCUCCGCAGGAGGAAAAUGGACAGCCCGCAGAUCAAAAUAGUGUCAACCCAGCGAACAUCAAAAAAGCUGCUGCCAUGAAGAAAAAGCAACCGCCGCAGCGGGCAGGUUCGAAGGGUAGUGCGAACAACACCGAUGGAAGUUCUGAUCUGCUGCAGAAGCAGCAGGACUGGCCAAAGACGCAGAAGUCCAGCGCCACGGUAUUCGACGCGGCCUCUUUGGUUGCGCAAGACAACAGUGGCAACGCGGCGGCCCCGCAGCCCCGGCACUUCACGCAGCACAGCUUUCAGCUGCGGCCGGAGCAGAUGCGCGAGUUGCAGUGGAUGAAGGAGCAGGAGCAGGAGAACACGAAAAACUACCUGCAACUGGCGAACGUGGAGUAUCAAAUGUAAAAGUGUCUGGGUCUGGAAGAAUGCAACUUGUGAUGCUGCGUCUGCAUUAUCCAAAAAUCUGUAUUGCAUGAAGAGCAAACGAGGUCUGGUUUUGGCCACGGCGAGAGGGCAUUUUUCAUGCGGUAGAGGCAUCAGAAAGCCCUCACAAGAUCUGUGAUGCCAGGGCAUGCAUCGCAGACAUCAGGAGUCAUGCAGAAUGUGCAUGACAAACCUUGCAUCCUUCCAGACCCAGACAUUUUUGCAUUGGAUAUGGAGUGGCGCGAGCCGAUUCCCAACGAGAAGAUGGUGUUUCAGUUAUCAGAGAAGUACACAAGAACUCCCCCUCUCCCUCACUUGUGAUGCAAAAUCCCAAAUCCAGUUGCUGCCUUGUGGCACUGUAUGCAUUGCAAAUUUUGGAACCUCAAGCAGUAUUCUCGUCGUGCACGAGCUCCACGCGAGCUGGCGUGCGUACUAUUGCUGUUCAUGCUAUACAAAUGAGGGGGAGCAGGGGCGGGAGUUGUGCACUCGCAUAUCAGUCCGCAAGCGAUCAGAAGCGUGAGAAAAAGAUUGAGGACUUGGAGCAGCUGGUGAGCGCGAGUGAGAACGCCGUGGCGACGCUGAACCUGUUCAGCGGGGAGACGACCCGCGAGGCGCUGGAGGAGCCGUUGAACGACGUGCUUCGGCUAUGCAAGCAAAAAACUGAGUAAGUGUAAAUUUGUGUUGCAGAACAUGCAACAGAGUUACACCUGUCAUGCCAAACAGCCACGAAGUCCUAUUUUCAUGCGUGUUUUCCCUUACAAGCGACGCAUGACAGGUUUUCUCUGUCAUGUAGAGCAAAUUUGUGAUGCUGUCAGCCAAAGACAGUUACACUUACACACUUUUUUUCUGGAUGUCGGCAGUUUUCGCACACCCAGAUUGACCGGGACCAGCACAGCAGUCGGUGCGACAGCCUGCGGAUUCAGCAGCCACUGCUCUUUCCCACGCACUUCGCCGCCAGCCGGCAGGUCACGAUUGACAUGCUGCUGGAGCUGAAGACAAGAACACAGAAGGAGGUGGCGAAAGCGAGGGAAAAUCUCGAACAUUUUCAGGCGGCGGACAAGAAGAAGGAGUUCUUCCACCUGCAGUAUUAAAAUGAAAAAUGCCCCCACCCCACAGGUUGGCAGCAUUUGUAUUGCAAACCUUUCAAAAAGAAACUAUUCCCCGUCUUGCAUAUAUCAGCAUCACAAAUUUUCCAUGCUGAAGAGCUCAAAUUUGUAUUGCAAAGAGCCCAACACCAGCCGGAUCUCUUAUGCAAAAGAUGCCUUGCGUGCCUAGAUUCUGCAUUAGAAAGACUCGCAGUCCUUCCAUGCAAGACAAACAGUUUUCAUUUGGAAACUUUGCAUCAGAAACUUUUGCACAUUCUGGGGUGGGGGCAUUUUUCAUUGCAAUAUGCAAAAAAACUACCCCGCCGCGCUGCAGCAGAACUUGCUGCUGAACAGCACCUCGAAGAGCGGCGGCAAGCUUCAACUACCCUCCGCCGACGGUGGCGGCGGUGGUACUGCGAGUGGCGCUAUCAAGACGGACUUCGUCGAGAUGCGGGUGCAGGGGCCGAAGAUCCGGGUGCGCGGCGGGAUUCUGAAUGACCAACUGGGGUACGGAAAGACGUGUUUGUAUCAUGAGGAAAAAUCCCCCCUCCCCAUAUCGAAAACGAUUUGAGUACACAAGUCGACUUGUAUUGCUAGAAGGCCAAGACCAAGAGAUGCAGUUGGGGCCCCGCUUGCCGGCAAUUUGUCAUGCUGUUUCCCACUUCCAGCUGCCUCCUGGCAUGGUGAAGAGGCGAGGCUUUCCCACGCCACCCAGCACUACACUUCGCAUCUUUCUCCUUCUAGCAUGAGAAAAUGACUUGUGUACACAAAUCCCGCAUCACAGACUUCCAAUUUGAUAGGGGGGGAAGUUUUUCACUUUGAUAGUUUGAUGAUCGGCCUGAUGGACUGGACGCUGAAGCAGCAGUGCCCGAAGCGCACCGACCUGAAGUUCUGGGGCGAACGGACGGGGUCCCACCGGACCCACCGCGGCACCCUGGUGGUGAUGCCGCCCCACCUCCUCGCGCAGUGGUUCGAGGAGAUCACCAGGUUUGUGGGCAACGACUUUGCCGUGAUGCAAAUCGCGACGCUGAGCGACCUGAAGGCGCGCACCGUCGCGGACAUCCUGAACCACGACGUGAUUCUUUGCAACAGCAAGGUGUUUGACUCCCCGGGCUACAAGCACCGGGUGCAGGAGCUCUGCAAGUACUGCAACACCGACGCGAAGUUCACGUCCUUCGCGAGGAAGGAGGAAAAGUACGGUGUGGGCAAGGUCUCAGAAAUGGAUCUCCAGGCCAGUAAAGCGAACGCGUAUAAUACAACUAGUGGCGUACAAGCAGAACAAGCGCAAUCGCGAUCUGUUGUGGGUGGAAAUAAGAAUGAUGGCAACUACGGAAAAAUGCCAGCUUUUGGUUCAACAACUUCGCACAACAGCGGUGCUUCUUCCAGUACAGCCGGCGGCUUGUUUUUUGGCGCAGCAGCUGGUGCCGGAGGAGCAUCGGCCUCCGAUGCUGGUGCAGUCCCCUCCACCUCCUCGACGGGAAAUAAUUUGUUCGCGGACUUCCUCGAUAAGCAGGCGAAGCAAGCCACGUCCUCUUCUUCGUCUUCUUCCGCCGAAGAGCAGGAUAAUUUUCACACCGCCGCGACGAACAACACGAGCAAGCAAGCGGUGCACAACCGCAAGCUGAACUGGGGUUUGUCCUCCCUGUGGGAGAACGAGUUCGAGUGCAAGUUCGCGGACUUACGGGAUCUCGCGGACCGCAUAUCAAAUGUAAAAAUGUCUGGGUCUGGAAGAUUCUGAGAUUUGUCAUGCAGUUUUUCCAAGCUCCGCCAAGUCUCGAAUGCAGCGCGUAGCAUAACAGGUUCUGCAGCCCCUUGGUGAUGCCUAUUCUGCAUGAGAAAUGCCCCCUCGGUAUGGCUAGAAAUGGGGACCUUUUGCAAGUCGUGCAACACAGAUUUUUGUAUGAUCCGCAACACCCAUCACAAGUUCGCAUCCUUCCAGACCCAGACAUUUUUACAUUUGAUACCGCAUGCAGCGCUACGAUGAGGUCAGCUUCCGGUUUCCAGUUAUGACCCGCUCAGACGUUACAAUCUCAACUGUUACAUUGGAAUCUGGAUUUUGUGAUGCUAGAAGUGCAACAUGAUCCAGCCAACUCGCACAGGAUUGCGCAUGACAAGUUCUGGAGUGCCAAACCGCACUAGAAUUAUCUGGCGAAAUUUGUAUUGCGAAAAGCGCAAGACUCUGUACGUUCCUUAUGCUCUUCAUGCAAGGCAAAUUCCAGAUUCUAUUGUGACGUUUGAGAUUGUAACACUUGAGCAGGUUAUACCAGUCUUGGAGCUCUUCUAUUUCCGUCGCGUGGUGGCCGACGAACUGCACGAAGCCGCGGAGUUUGCGCAAGAUUUGCAGUCUAUCCCACAGAAAAAAGGCGGCACGGCAUAUUUGUUAUGCAAAAAUAAAUGCACAGAAAAAUCUGCCAUGCUUGGCUCCAUAGCAUGCUGUUUCAGAUAUGCAAUGCAGAUUUUUUGUGUAUUUAUUUUUGCAUUACAAACAUGCCCUGCCAGCUUUUUUCUGUGUGAUACAGUCCUUCGACACGAAACUGCCUUCCUCGGAGGCCAACGCGCGGACCGCCGUGCGAAACUCGAAAUUGGACGAUCUGCAGAAUGUGGUCGCGGCCGUGGGAACUGCUGCAGGUGGAACUGCAGGGGGGUACGCCGCAUUGAAAUCCAGCUCGCCGCGCGACGUGGUUUCCUCCUUGUCUUCCUCCGCGCACGCAGCGAGCCUGUACCCGCACACGUACUACUAUCAGAUGAGGAAAAGUUUGUACGUAGAGUGUAGUACCUUUUUUUUGAAUGAAUGCCCCCUACGAAGAUAGACCCAGACGCAAGAUAGACCAGCGUGAAGAUAGACACAAACGCAAUCAUCUUGCAUGCUGUCGUGUGGCAUCACAAAGUUUUUUUUUACACUAACAAAACAAUCUUUUUCUCUUCCAUAACGACCGACUCGGCCGCGCUCUGAUCUGCCUGCAAAAGAUCCGGAGCUCCUACCGCUGGGCCCUGUCCGGCACGCUACCGCUGCAGAACAGGAUGGUGCUGAACCAAUUCUUGUCGUUUUUCACGUACGGGAAGUCCGUGCUGGCGCCGGUGCAUAUCAAAUGCAAAAAUGUCUGGGUCUGGAAACUUGUGAUGCAAGUCCCUCUGUAAGGCGCCGCCAGGCAUGACAAGUUUUUUCGUGUUUCUGUGCUGCGUAUUUCGCAUGAGAAACUUCGCUUUUGCAUGACAGGCAAGAGGGCCUGUUGGUGGCCACUCAAUACAGAGUGAAGAGUCAUGCCAGACUAGCAUGACGAAUCUCGCAAUCUUCCAGACCCAGACAUUUUUGCAUUUGAUAGUGCAGCACAACGAGCAAGUGUUUCGAGAUUUCGUGCGGUCCAACACCUUGGCCAACGUAACAAUUCCGAAAGAAGAGAAGGUGGUGGUGGUGCAGCAGUCGAAAUACGAGCACGCCAUCUACCUGGACUGCGCCCACCAACUGAAGGAUGACGCGAGCGCCGCGGGCGCCGGGGGCGGGGUGGCCACCAGCAGUAUCAUCUCGCUCAGCAUGAACGAGAAGAAGCAGUUGCAGCAGGUGUCCCGGAAAUCCAAUUCGAAAAAGGAGACGCUGCUAAAACUCUGCUCCCAUUUCUUGCGCGACGACCACGGAGAGGGGGAUCUGACCAAGAGCGACCAGGGCGAAACCGGCCGUAUUAAGGAUCGGUAUCAAAUGCAAAAAUGUCUGGGUCAGGAAGAGUGCCAGGUUUGUCAUGCAUAUUUUCCAUGACCCAUGAUGUCUGUGAUGCAUGCCCAAGCGUCAGAGAUUCUGCGAGAGCUCCCUGAUGCUCGUACCGCAUGAGAAAUUCUCUUUCCGCGUAGCAAAAGUGCAUCUCUUUUGCCGUUCAUGCAAUACAGAUCUUACGUAGAGUGCAACUGUAGCAUCACAAGUUAAACCCUUCCAGACCCAGACAUUUUUACAUUUGAUAAUCGGAAAAAGGACGCGAUCGAAGCGUGUCGGCGGACUAUCACAGGUGAAAAAAAACUUCUGUAUAAAGAAGUUCCGUGCUGACACUUUUCGCUUUUCCUUUUUGCAUAAUCGCGAGCAUGUUGAUCAUGUGCAUGACUAGAUCCGGUUCGCGUGCGCGAUCUGUUGACGAAGAAAAUUCGCAGUUGGUGUUUGAUGAACUAUACGACGCCCUCGCGAUGAAAUACAAAAAGCAUUUUUGGGCCUUCUUCAAGAACUUUGUGCAAUAUGGAUGUCAACACAGUGAAGUUUUUUGGCUGGAUACAGAAGCUGCAGGACAGCUGCCGGAAGUUCGAAGCCUGUCUUCGUGGGUACAUGAUCACCCUGCAGGACACGCGAAACGAAACCAAGCGCGAGGAAAUGAAGGACCAGCGCAGAGCCCGGCUGAAGAAAUACUUUUUGGUAUUAUACCACCACUAGUAUUUAUUUACUUUUUUCGACAACUACAGGAACACCAGUUUCCCUAUCGAUUGUGUACGCUGUCUCUCGUUUGUCUUUGUUUCAUUGAAUUUCGUGACUGUAGUUUACUUCCGACAUGAUCUUCCCGCUCGGGGUAUCUGCCUCCUGCAGACCCUUUCCAGAACCGACAUGAAAUUUAUUUGCGCAAAACACACAGCGGUACGGCGAAAGUGAGGAGGUGAAAACUGACGACGGACGGACGGUCCGGAAGCAGGCGCAGCCGGAGAAGGGCUCGGCGGAGGAGAUCAUGGCCACGGAGAUUGUUAACGCGGCCAAGGAUGACCCCAAGCACUUGCGGACCGACCGAGACGUAAACACGCUCGAAAAAUUCCAAGACGCGGUGAACCACUACGAGGCUAUCGAAAAGGAGGCCUUCGCCAAACUCCAGCGCGCCGUGCGUUAUCCAAACGCAAAAGGUCUUCUUCUUCGUGUAGUUGUCUUAUGGUGAUCUUCGCGAUGUGCAGCUUGCAUGACAAACGUUCGCCGCUAAGAGCGAAAUAAUUUGUGAUGCGGUCUGUCAACCUAGAGACGACUUUUGUGAAGGUGCAUAGUUCCGACAAAAUGUUUUUUGACGAGAUGAUGAAGGUGAUGGAGAAGGACCGCUUCGAAUGCGAAGCCUGCAUGUAUGGAGUUCUCAAAUGUUACAUUUUCAACUGUAUACACGAAUUUAUGAUACAAACGCACAAUCAGAAUCGGCACGAGCAAGCUGCUUCGCAUGACAAAUUCUCGAAGCGCUAAACAGGCUCAGAAUCUGCGCCAAACUUGUAAUGCAACUGGCGCAAUCUUCCCCUUUUCAGUUCUGUCAUUCUUGCAUCACAAGUUCAUGCAACAGUUGAGAAUGUAACGGUUGAGAACGCCAUAGCAUGGACGAAGACUGCACGGAGGCCGGAAUGUGGCCGUGCUCGCACUUCCUCUGCUACGACUGCGCCGUAUGCAUUGCAAAUGUAUCUGGGGCUGGUUUUGUGAUGCGAAAUCUGAAGGACAACAAGAACUGUAAAAGUGCACCAUGGAUGUUGAGUAUUACCACGGUGCUGGUCGUCCAACUUUUCUGUCGUGCUGGAAGCCAGUUUUUCGGUCGUUUUGCAAAUAAGUAUGCAAUAACGAGCCUCGUAAAAUUUCUGAUGCUUUUAAGUAUGCCGUGCAAGUGCAAGUGGCUACUCUGCUAUGCGAGCGUCGCGAGCAACACAAAUUUCCACACCUCCAGGGGUACUUAUUUCCGAUGUAUACCUUGUGCAGCAGUGCAAUCGGCAACAGGGCAAUGCCCACGGCCCGACGUGCCCGAAGAGGUGUCCGGGGCACGUAAAGGCGAGCGAACUGUGCCGGCUAACGCUCGGGCGCAACGAGGCCGAAGAGUUGCUCGACAAGCUAGAAUAUGCAUUGCAAAUAUGUCUGGGUCCGGAAAGAAUGGGAUUUGUGAUGCUACCUUUGGACUCUACAUAAAAUCUGUAUUGCAUGAACAGCACCAUAAGAGGCGCAAUCUGUGCUACGCGGAGAGGGCAUUUCUCAUGCGGUAUGAGCAUCAGAAAGCCCUCGCAGAAUCUCUGAUGCUAGGGCAUGCGUCACAGAUCUCAUGGGUCAUGGAAAAUCUGCAUGACAAACUUCUGCAUUCUUCCAGACCCAGACAUUUUUGCAUUUGAUAUGGAAGACGACUCCAGUAUCAUCGGGAAGUACGGCUCAAAACUGAAGCAGAUCGUGCAACUGCUAAAAACGAGCGGCGACGUGACAACAUCGUCCGGUGGAGGUUUUAAUACAACAACCGGAGCUGCAACUGCAACGAAUCCGAACGGAGCUGCUGCUGCUUCUUCUGUUGCGCCAGUAGCUCUUGGUGGAGCCGGCGGGAAAAAGACCAGUAAUGGAACAUCAAGUUCGAUGUUCAUUCCCGCGGAGGACAAGGUGAUUCUCUUCGUCCAGUGGGAGGACCUGAAGCGGAAAAUUGCCAAGGCCUUCGACGAAUUCGGAGUGCCGCACCUCACCCUGCAGGGCACAACGCACCAGAAGAGAAUCAUUUUCGAUAAAUUUGCGAAGGACGACAAGAAGUACCGGGUUUUGAUCCUCUCGAUGGAAGACGCGGCGAGCGGGGCUAACCUGACCCAAGCGAAUCACGUUUUCUUGGUGCAUCCGGUAUGUGGGGGAAAAAAGAAUAGCAUAUUUCGAUCUUCAGUCAUCAUCGUCGGGUCGUGCAGAAGGUCCUAAAUCGAUACCCAAUUGGCUGAAUAUCAUUGCCGACUCAAAAUCUUCAGACAGAGUCAGAAGCUAAACUAUCUCUUUGCGCUGUCGCGCACUCACCUGCUCGGACAAACGUGCUUGGCAAGAUAGAAAAGAAAAAGAUUUCAGUCUUUGUUUGCGCAUUAGAGGUGAACAAUAUGCUAGCUUUUUUUUCCACUUCAUAUCCGUUUUUCGACGCGGAAUCCGAGGAAAAGUGUUUGAAUUACGAGAAGCAGGCGGUCGGGCGAGUGUUGCGAUACGGCCAGAAGAAGCCUGUGAAUAUGCCAUGCUCAGCGGGAACAAAAAUCUGACCUGGAACAGUGUAGCGCGGAAAUUUGUCUUGCAUAAUGUGCCGAAGCGGAGGGUGCGCCUUUCUGCUUUGCAUGACAGGUUGUGUAUCAUUUUGAUUUUCACUGCGAGUGCGAACCCAGCGAUUUGGGGUUUCAUAGGUUUGCUACGCGAAUCGCAAAGACGCUUUACCGAGAUUAUUCGCUCUCUUCAUCACAAAUUGAUGUUCCUGUCAAGACUUUCGUUCUGUCUGAGCGCGUCAUAGGGAAGAUCUGGCGUUUCGUGGCGAAAAACACAAUCGAGGAGGAAAUCCUGGUAUUAAAAUGAAAAAUGCCCCCCACCCCACAAGUUGGCAGCAUUUGUAUUGCAAACCUUUCAAAAAGAAACAUUCCCCGUCUUGCAUAUAUCAGCAUCACAAAUUUUUCACGCUGAAGAGCUCAAAUUUGUAUUGCAAAGAGCCCAACACCAGCCGGAUCUCUUAUGCAAAAGAUGCCUUGCGUGCCUAGAUUCUGCAUUAGAAAGACUCGCAGUCCUUCCAUGCAAGACAAAAAGUUUUCAUUUGGAAACUUUGCAUCAGAAACUUUUGCACAUUCUGGGGUGGGGGCAUUUUUCAUUGCAAUACCUGGAAGACCGGCGGAAAGCGGCUUCGGCGUCGCAAGAAACGGUCCCCGAUGAUCUGGGUUAUCAAAUGUAAAAAUGUCUGGGUCUGGAAGAUUCUAAACUUGUGACGCUGUCUCUGGAUUCUAAAAAAAUUUGUAUUGCAUGACCAGCAAAAGGACUCCAGUUUGUGCUACGUGGAGAGGGCAUGUCUCAUGCGGUAGAGGCAUCACAAAGGCCUCGAAAAAUCUGUCAUGCUAGAGCAUGCAUCACAGACAUCACGAGUCUUCCAAAAUAUGCAACACAAACCUGGCAAGCUUCCAGACCCAGACAUUUUUCCAUUUGAUAUGGGUGCUGGUGAGUAG